GGGAGGUACAGCAUGGCUAUAUCUCGCUCCUCUGUGUGCUGCUGCAACAGUCUAAAUUUGAUGCUGAAAGGAUAUCAGGAUGGAGGCUAAGUCACAUCGCCAAUGUGGACCUGUUACAUUUGGAAACUAUCAUUAAAGCCUUUUAAAUGGAAGAAAACACUAUGGAUCACUGAAAAACAGUCUUCAUUUAAAGACUGAACCGAGAGGAACAUUGACAACAAAAUGAAGGAUUUUUAUUUAUUUUUUUCAAUGUGGUCAUGAAUCUACAAGAUCUCCUCGUGACCAUGACCUGACCAAUGUGACAACAUUGAGUUCAGCCACGACUGCCAAACACAAUGAUACAAUCUCUUUUUUAACCAUCCAAACCAUCUCCCCUCUGUGGAAUAUUAAAUCACCUGAUGGGAUUGUGAUCUAACUAUUGCCAGCAUUCUUGGACCUUAUUUUCCACGAGGAUGAUCCUGAAAAUGCACCCAGCUUCAUAGGAGUGGCGUGGACAGGGUGACCACGCUCCAACUGUGGCAUAAUUUUCAAGCCGAGAUGACACUGGAGGCAACAAUCCAAGCGGCAAGAACAAUAAGCAAACAGUGCGAUGCAUGAAAGAGAGCAUUGAUCCUGAUGUUGAGGACCGCAUGCGCCCAAAGCAAAGUGCGUGGCUUCCACAGUUUUUUCCACGACACUUGACUGGUGCGCAAAACCCCAAAUGAAAACCCACAGGGGACCAGCGUCCAAAGACGAGUGCACGACCUGAAAAAAGACUGACGAUAUAUCAUGAGACGGUGGGAAACUAUCUAUCGAGAGUGGUGUGGCUUCUGCGACUGCCGCUGAGCUGGAGAGGUCACAGGUGGAAGGAAGAGGCCUCUUCCUUCACUCAGGAUAAUGCACACAUCCACUGUGCUGAUUUCUGCUGCUACCAUGAGCAACAUGACUGUGCUGGAUACAGCAGACCCCUACGAUCUCGACAUGACGUCUCCUGAGGUCAUCUACCCCAUCAGCUUCCAGGUUUGUCUUACAGUGUUGCUGCUUUUGGAGAUAGUCCUGGGUCUGAGCUCAAACCUCACAGUUCUGGUCCUCUACUGCAUGAAACAGAAUCUCAUCAGUUCGGUCUCGAACAUCAUCACCAUGAACCUGCAUGUUGUGGAUGUGCUGGUGUGUGUUUGCUGCAUUCCGCUGACAGCAGUGGUGGUUCUUCUCCCAUUGAAGGCUGGAACAGCGAUGGUUUCCUGCUUCCACGAGGCCUGCGUUUCAUUUGCGAGUGUUGCCACGGCUGCUACAGUCCUGGCCAUCACUGUGGACCGCUAUGACAUCUCAGUGCGCCCUGCAAACCGAGUGCUCACAAUGGGAAGGGCGGUUGCUCUUCUGGGAUCCAUCUGGGCUCUUUCAUUUUUCAGUUUUUUGGUACCGUUCAUAGAGGUGGGCUUCUUUAUUAGUUCUGGUUCGGACCUGGUCAACCAGACAACUGUGGUAAUGCUCACUCAAACAAAUGAAUAUUAUACUGAACUGGGUUUGUACUAUCACCUUCUCGCACAGAUACCCAUAUUCUUUUUCACGGCUCUGGUCAUGCUAGUGACGUACUACAAGAUCCUGCAGGCGCUGAAUAUUCGUAUUGGAACGCGCUUUCAGCACAACCUGCCCAAAAAGAAGCAAAAGAGCAAAAACACAAUCUCUUUAAGCACUGCCACACAAGCAGAGUCGACUGACGCCUCACAGACCAGCACGGGCGUCCGAGCAGGUGGAAACGCACCUUUAGGUAUGCGUGCUUCAGUGUCAGUCAUCAUUGCACUCAGAAGAGCGGUGAAGCGCCACAGGGAGAGACGAGAAAGGCAGAAACGAGUAUUCAGGAUGUCUCUGCUCAUUAUUUCCACCUUCUUACUCUGCUGGACUCCGAUAACUGUGCUCAACACAGUCAUUCUCAGCACAGGGCCGAGUGACCUCACCGUAAGACUUCGCCUGGGAUUUCUGGUCAUGGCCUACGGAACCACCAUCUUCCAUCCCCUACUAUAUGCUUUCACAAGGCAGAAGUUCCAGAAGGUCCUGAAGAGCAAGAUGAAGAAGAGGGUUGUGUCUGUGGUCGAAGCAGAACCUUCCCCUAACAACGUGGUCAUCCAUAACUCGUGGAUUGACCCCAGGAGGAACAAGAAGGUCACUUUUGAGGACAAAGAAGCCAGACAAAAAUGUCUGAGCUCCCAGGAGGCAGAGUGACUUAACUUGAAUGAUACAAAUAGAUAUAAAAAGUUACCAGGAAUUUGCCCUCUAGUACAUAAAAUCUAAAAUGGACUCGUAUUUAGGCAAAUAGAAAGUAGAACGUAUUGGAAAACUUGUAACCUAUUUGUGAAAACAAGUUCAUGGAAUAAGCUGACCAUGCAAAAAAAAAAGAAAAAAGACUCGAUACACACUUGAAAAAGAAGAGGCAGCUGUUGUGAAUUUUAUGAUUGUUCCCUCACUAGGACAUUGGUGGUGCCCUGUGCACAUCCAGAGGGUUGUUUUGCUGUUAUUUAUUGAUGAAUGUAGUCUUGUGGUAUCAAGGACGUUUAAUAUAGGAUAAUGGCCAAUUUCUUCUGUAUCUGGCUACUUUUUCUAGCCCUCCACUCACAACAACGUGGGUUUAAUUUAUAGCCAGCAAGCACAUUAUGGUGUACAUUACAUGCCAAAAGGCCAAUUCUAACAAUGUAUUUAGGUAUUUCUGUUGCUCUUUUCCAAGGCGGUAGAGAAAGUUGAAAAUGUGAUUUGAAUUUCUGCAUUCAAACUUUCAGUUUGAAAGCCCAGCCCAAAUGAUUUUAUAUGACUCACAAGAGCAUGAAAUAUGGGUUCAAAAUUAAAUUCAGUACUAAUGCAAGAUACCUAUAAAUGUUUAUUUCAUGAUGCACAGAGAUUAUAGCGUGGAAGCUAUGCCGUUCACUUGGGAAGUUUUUGGGAACUCCCAAAAGAACAGAAGCAGAUGGAAGGCCAUUUGAUGGAAGACAGAAAAUCUGAUCUAUGUCUGCUUCAAGGUAAGUAACCAGUGCGUCUAGUGUGGUAGUCAGUGGUUGAAUAACAGAGAUGAUUUAUGAUAAAAUUUGCCUCUGAUUCUUAAAAUGUAAAGUGACAUCCCAUUGCGACAAAGGAGUGCCAGUUAUUGACUGUUCAAUUAAUAUACAUUUUGUUUGGUCCACAACUUGCACUGUUUAUAAUUUUAGUCCAUUCACAGUGAUCUCAUCUGUAUAUAUUCACCACAAAGGAUCAUGUUUGUUUUUCUUCUGCACUUCGCAGUGUAUUUUUGUCUGGAUCUGAUUAAAAUGUCAAUCUAUUGCAUUUAUUGUUACAGGGUCAUUUUUGACUUGGGGGAUAAACAACUACUUUGCGGGUGUAUGGCAAUGCGCACAUCAAAUGACCACUAAAAUUACACCAGCGUUUUAACUGUCUAAACAAUAGCAAAGCAUAAAAAAAGCAAAGUCUGCCAGAAAUUCUAGAGCAUUUCACCUAAUUAAUGUAAAGUGAUUUCUUUAAAUUAGUUCAGAGCCUUUGCUCAUCUUAUUUAAAAAAUCAUAAAAACAUCAUCCACAUUGCUUUAUUGUAUGAGUUUUCAACACAUAAGUGAUAGAACUUGAAAAGCCAAGUGUGCAGAAAAAAGUCGACAAAGUGGACCAAAGUUGUACAAGUUAGGCUGCUGUGUUUACUGUCUUAUUGGACAACUGGUGUUUUUUUUGUUUGUUUGUUUUUUUUGUGGACAAAGUGCUGAUGCUGUUUGUCAGAGUUUGUAAUAAACACCCAAACAGUUAA